AAUUCUUGCUAACGGAAGUAGACAUCUGGCGCUAGGCUGGCUAGUCUAGGCGGUUACUUACCUACGGUACCGUACAAAUCGGAGGGCCUGAAAAAAAUUAUUAAAAAAAAAAGUACCAGCACGAACAACAACGAGAGAUGCGUGACGAGGACGACCACGGAGGCCCCGACGACGAAGAUGGGCUGCUCGGCCAAAACGCCGGCGGCGCGGCGCCCGGCUACUGCGCGUGCCUGAGCGUGGCCUACUACAGGCCCUACUUCGACGUCGACACGGACGAGGUCGCGGCGCGGCUGCGCGCGGCACUCUUCUUUUGCAACGAGCCGUUCGGCGCAACGCUGCGCGGCAAGCCCGACGCGUACGGACCGUGGUGGGUCGCGACGACGCUGGUCUUCGCCGUCGCCGUCACGUCGCACGUCCGCGGCCUGCUCGGCGCCGAGGCGGGCGUAAUUUACGAAUUCGACUUCUCGGCCGUUACGUUCGCCGCCGCGACGAUCUACGGCUACGUGGCGCUCGCCGCCGCGACGAACUGGGCCUUCCUGAACUACAGCCUGAAAGUCCACCAGCGACCGCUCGCGUGCCUCUGCGUCGUCGGCUACUCGCUCGUGCCGUACCUCGCCGCGGCGCCGGCCUGCGCGCUGCCCUACCUCGCGUGGCCCGCCGUCCUCGCCGCGUGCGCCGCGCAGUCGCUCUUCGCGCUCAAGGCCGCGCGGCCCGCCGUCGAGCCGCACCCGCGCGAGAAGGUCCUCGCCUUCGCCGGCGCGACCUGUGCGCUGAACGCGGGCCUCGCGUUCCUGCUCAAGGUCUACCUGUACUAGCCCGCGGGCUCUCCGUGCGGUGUUUUGCGGUCUGGGCGGGCUGGACUCGGAAGUAGAAUUUGCUAGUGUACCCU